CACUGUGCUGGAAUGUGUCAGUGAUUUGACUGAAGCUGUCAACCGAUCCCAGCAGCGUUGUCCGCUUUAAUUUUCACCCGCACUUAUCCUGGUGCUCAGUGUGUGACCAGGUGGCGGACUGUGAAGACGUUUACCUUACUGCAGUUAUCACGGUUUUACAGGAGGUUUUAGAAUUCGUAGCAAGAUGACAGAGUUUUGGAAAGAGCACUCCCAGGACGCCACAGUGGAGGAGAUGAUGCUGGACUCCCGUGCCAGAGAGCUGACUCAGCAUGAGCUGCCCGAGAUCCUCUCCAUGCUGCCUUGCCUGACCGGGCACAGAGUCCUGGAGCUGGGAGCUGGCAUCGGUCGUUACACCAGUCACCUUCUGACCAAGGCUGCCCAUGUAACAGCUGUGGACUUCAUGGAGAGCUUUGUGGAGAGGAACAGACAGGUCAAUGGUCACCAUGACAACGCUACCUUCAUCCAGGCUGACGUCACAAAGCUUGAUGUCCCCCAAAACAGCAUUGACUUCAUCUUCUCCAACUGGCUGCUGAUGUACCUGAGUGACGAGGAGCUGAGGACCUUCAUAGAGAAGGUGCUCGGCUGGCUGCAGCCCGGUGGCUUUCUUUUCUUCAGAGAAUCGUGCAACCAUCGAUCAGGUGACAGCAAGAGGGACUUCAACCCCACCUGCUACCGCACUGAGGCACAAUACAGCCACCUGGUAUCAUCAAUACAAGUGGAGGGGCCUGAGGAGGGCCAAAAGUUUGGUUUCGACAUUGUGUUGAAAAAGAAAGUUCAGACCUAUGUUGAGAUGAAAAAUAAUCCCAAUCAAAUCUGUUGGCUGCUGGAGAAAGUUCCCCGCUCCUCUAACACAGAGAGCGGGUUCAGCACCUUCCAGCAGUUCCUGGACAACCAGCAGUACACCAACCGCGGUAUCCUGCGCUACGAGAAGAUGUUUGGGGCUGGAUACGUCAGCACAGGCGGGCCCAGCACCACCAAGGAGUUUGUGGACCUGCUGAACCUGAAGCCAGGACAGAAGGUUCUGGAUGUUGGCUGUGGCAUCGGUGGAGGAGACUUCUAUAUGGCAAAGACCUUUGGAGUGGAAGUGCUUGGCCUGGACCUGUCAAACAACAUGGUGGACAUUGCCAUGGAGAGGGCGAUCACUGAGAGGCUACCAUCAGUCCAGUUCGAGGUGGCUGAUGCCACCAGGAGGACGUUCCCGGAAGGUUCCUUUGACGUGAUCUACAGCAGAGACACAAUCCUGCACAUAGAUGACAAACUUGCUCUCUUCAAACGCUUCCAUUCAUGGUUAAAGCCAGGUGGCCAGUUGCUUAUCAGUGACUACUGCUGUGGGGAGAAGCCCUGGACACCAGUGUUCGAGGCCUACGUCAAACAGAGGGGCUACGUCCUUUAUACACCCUCACAGUAUGGCAAGUUCAUUCAGGAAGCUGGUUUCUGCAAUGUUCGGGAAGAAGACCGAACAGCCCAGUUCAUCCAGGUGAUUAAGACAGAGCUGCAGAGAGCAGAGGCCAUCAAGGAUGAAUUCAUUGAGGAAUUCUCUGAAGAGGACUAUUUUGCAAUAGUGAAUGGGUGGAGAGAGAAACUGGAACGUUCCAAUAGUGGAGACCAAAGAUGGGGACUCUUUUAUGCAACAAGGGACUGAGUUAUUGUGCCAAGACUGAAGAUGAUAAUAAAAGGAAAAAAAUGAA